CACUGAGGCUCUUAAAGGGACAGGGAUGGAGGCCAUCUUUGAAACCAAGGAUUCUCUGUCCUCUCCUCCCAAGCUCAGGGGUCCAGGUCCCUGGUUCCUUGCUACUUUAGCUCCCCUGAGCCAGGGCCCCAGCUCCCUCUGCUCAGACCCGGGAGGCUGGGCCUCCAGCCCCUCCUGUCUCUGAACACAGGAAUCCAGAUCUCUGGCCCCUCCUUUUCCAGCUCCACCUUGUCUCAUCCAGUCGUAGGCCUAGGAGUCCAAGCUCGGUCUCCCUCCUCUCUGGGGCACUAGAAGUCCAAGUUCCCAUGGCCUAGAUUGUCCUGUCCUUUAGGACUUCUGACCUUUGCCCACAUCUGGGUGUAGAAGUCCCCUUUUAGUCAGGUGUGGUGGUAUACACCUGUAAUCCCUGCACUCAGGAGGCUGAAGCAGGAGGAUUGCCAUGAGUUUGAGGCCAGGCUGGGCUACAUAGUGAAAUCCUGUCUCAAAAUGAAACAAUAAACUGUAAGAGUCAGUUUGUGGAUUGGGCUUCAUCGUCACAAUAUCCCAACUCUGCCCAGAACUCAGGGUCCUUGUCUGUGUCCCUGCUUCACGGCGCCUUCCAGGCUGAGUUUGCGAGUUUGCCCUUCAUCUCACCUGUCCAUAGAGCCCUGCCACAGGUGCUCUUUGCCACCUCUGGCCUCUUCUUUCUCCCAGCUCUCCUGUCUCGCUGGCCUCUCCCUGCCGGGCUGGCGCUAGGCCUCUGUCCUGUCUGCCCGAGAGCUUUUCCUCUGCGCCUCCAUCUCCUUCUCUCUUUUCCUUUUAUUUUUUUUUUUUUAAUUUUUUUUUUUUUUUGCUCUGCUGCUCCCUUCUUUCUUCAUCCCUUCGCUUCCUUGGUCCCUGACUCUGUCCCUCCGCUGGUUAUCCCUUCCCUUUGUGCCUGUCCCCGUCACCAGUCCGCAGCGCUUCCUCUCUUGCGUUUCCUUCUCUCUCUGUCUCUGACUUCUGCUCUCCUGGUCCCUCCACAGCCUCUAUUUUUAUCCCUCUGACACACCCCCUGUGACCACCUCUCUGUCUGUCUCUCCCCUCCCUCCUCUGAGGUCCCAGCUCCUGGUCCCAAUUAGUUGGUGGCGGCCAAGCAGUGGCAAGGCCCCCACCCCCGGCUCCUCAUUACCGCCAGCGGCUCCUAAUGAGCCUGGGGGGGAGGUGACCCUGCGCCCCCGGCCCGGCCUGCGUCACUGCCCAGUGCGGGGGCUGAGGAGGCCAUAUAAGGGGGCUGCCCGCGUCGCUGCCCAGCACACUGCGCGGUGAUGGAGCCUCGCCAGGUGUCCAGGGGCCCCGGCAUGCGGCUGUUGCUGCUCCUGCUCCUGCUCGUGCCCUGGGGCACCCGCACCGCCUCGGGUGUCGCUCUGCCCCUCGCGGGGGUCCUCAGCCCCCGCACCUCCCGCCAGGCCCGGGCGGGUCCGGCCAACCGGGUGUCGGUGUCGCGGCGCAGCCUGGCGCUGGCGGACGACGCGGCCUUCCGGGAGCGCGCGCGGCUGCUGGCCGCCCUCGAGCGCCGCCACUGGCUGAACUCGUACAUGCACCGGUUGCUGCUGCUGGACGCGCCCUGAGCCAUCAAUAAAGACUACUCGCCCGCGCGGUCUCCUGCGCCUCUGUGUGUGGGGUCUGCACCUCCCGCUCUUGGCAUCUCACCCUUCAGUACCCCCUCCUUUAAAAACAGGGUCUCGCUGUGUAGCCUAGGCUGCCCUUAAAACUAGCAGUGAUCCUCCUGCCUCGGCCUCCUGAGUGCUGGAAGGACGCCACCACAUCCAGUUCUCGAUUCUUCGGGCUGCAAAACGCUUCCCUUCUUAAUUACCCUGCCCUU